GUCAACUGUCAAGUCGUUUGUUGUGGCGAACGGUGGAGCAGCAGAGCAUCUUUUUUCAAUCAUCAAGACAUCGAGAUCAACUAUUUUCCUGAACAAAUUUUGUAAACGUUUAUAAAAAAUAUGGGAGAAAAGCGAAAAGCCAUGGAAGACGAGAUGUCUCGCUUCGAGGCGGAAAUCUCAAAGCCAGCUGUAGUCUCUAAUCGUAACAUAUUUGUACCAAACCAAGUUCGCCCCAUCAUUGGCUCAAAUACUUACAGUCAAGUACAACAGAAGUUAAAUCAGGCUCCAGUUACUCGGACACCAGCUCCACCACCCCUGCCGAUUCCUCCAUCGUUUCUUUCCACUUUUGUGCCAACAACUGCUGAUAGCCAAUCCAAAGCAAAUCCCACACCCGUUGUUCUAAGUAGUGCACCGAAAUUUUACCAAAGUCGACAGUCUGUAAAUAUCUCGCAAGUUGCUGCUGCUCCGCACAUCGACAUCAAUGCCAUUCAAUUCGAUGUAACACAAAAAUUAAAGAAACUCAAAGCUGAGAAAUCCGGACCAAAUCCAAUUGCCGAAGAAGCCAUCAAAGCUGCUCGCGCUUCAUCUGCUCUGCAAUCGUUUCAAACUGAGAAAAAUAAGAAGAAGGAUAGAAAAACGGUUAGAGUGGCAGGUGGACAGAUUUGGGAGGAUUCUUCACUUGCCGACUGGCCAGACAACGAUUUUAGAAUAUUUUGUGGAGAUCUGGGAAACGAUGUAAACGAUGAAAUUCUCACAAGGAUAUUUAAUAAAUUUCCAUCGUUCCAAAAAGCUCGAGUCAUUCGCGAUAAACGAACUGGAAAGAGUAAAGGCUUCGGAUUUGUAAGCUUUAGGGAACCUGCUGAUUUCAUUCGAGCAAUGAAAGAAAUGGAUGGACGCUACGUUGGAAGCAGACCAAUUAAAUUAAGGAAAAGCACAUGGCGCCAAAGAAGUUUGGAUGUUGUUAAAAAGAAGGAAAAAGAAAAACAAACCUUAUUGCAAUCAUUUCAAAAGUAAUAGUUGUACAUUCAUUUAUUAAAAAAACAAAUCUAAUAAACAAAAUUAUUAAAAAAAAAAUAAAUUCUAAAUUAGAAGUGCGUGGA